AUGGAGGUGACGAGACAAAGUAGUUUUCGAGUUCAGGGAACGCCUCGACGCCUUAGUCUAGCGGAGCUAGCGAGUCUAGAUGAUGUUGCAGUGGGUCUACUUAUUGAUGGGAUGAAACUACCACAAGUCAAUUUUCCGGCAACCACGCGCAAGAGUUCUGCAAACUAUCUCCCACUUCACGCCAUCAACAAGAGCGAUGUCUCUAAAAUCCUUGACGCGCGAAAACGGUUUUCCAUCGAUCGAGCUCAGCACCGCAUUUUACAUAUGCCUUGCUUAGAGGAAUUUGUUUCUUCAAGUAAGACCGCCGGUUUGUCAUCAACGUGGUUCGGCACACAGCUGAGAAGCUAUCUUCAAAUCUAUAGUCCCAAAUGCCCGUUCAGGAUUGCCACAUCCGAAAAUCUAUCGGGCCGAGGGCCAGAGGCGGCUGUAUUUGCAAAUCGUGCGUUCAAAAUUGGAGAAAUUAUCCCUCUCCUCGGCGGGGUCUGUGUACCUUUGACAAGGAAAGACAGGCUGAGACUCGAGGAAUCGGGCAAAGACUUCAGCAUUCUUCAGUCAUCUUGCGGUCGAUUCCUUGCAAUGCUUCUAGGUCCUGCUCGAUUUGUAAACCACGACUGCAUGCAGAACUGCGAAAUCGUGUGGCCCGGGGAGUCCGAGGCCAUCGUCGUGGCGCUGAAAGAUAUCCAUGCCGAUGAUGAGAUUACAGUGUACUAUGGAAGUGACUAUUUUGGAGCGAAUAAUCAGGAAUGCUUGUGUCGACCGUGCACUACGGAUGGUAAGCUCAGGAUGUCCAGACGAAACAGAUAUGCCGGUAAUAAUGAUAAAAUUAGAGGCACGGAAUAA